AUGGGUAGAAAGACCAAAGGACAAAAGACACCCUCUUAUGGGAUGGCAGAGGGGAGUAGCAAGGGGAAGCGGAUGGAGAGCUAUGAGGAUACGCUCGAAGAGGGGGGCGUGGAUGAUUUCAUGUUCAAGCGAGAUCAAAUCAUGUUCAAUCCAAGGGACGAGGUUUUGGAUGAGGAUAUUGCGGAUGUCGGCGAGGAGGUGAUGGCGAUUCCAGGGAGGAAACGCAAGGAUCAGGUGGAAGAGGAAGAGGAGGAAGAAGAGGAAGAGGUCUUGCCGAAGCAGCGGAAAGCCAAAACCAAGGCCGACGUCAGUGGCAAGGGUCGGUUCGGUAAACCCAUCGUCGACUCGGACGCUAGCGAGAGCGAAUCAGGAUCGGGAUCUUCAUCGGAAGAGGAGGAGGGAUGGGGACGGCAAUACUACUCGGUCCCGUCCACACGGAGGGAGAAGGAAAAGGAGGGAGAUUACGACGAGAAGCGGGAGGAGGAACGCGAGCUAGAAGAGAGGGAGGUGCGAAGGCUGCAGCGCAAGGCGAGGGAGGCGCUAAAGGCGGAGGAUUAUGGGUUGGAGGAUGAAGAGGUGCAGGAGGAGCGCCAGGAGGUGGAGGAAGUGGUUGCCGUGCCGGAGAGUACCGACCCGGCGGUGCUUUUAACCUACAUGGCAGUGCACGAGCCGGUCAGGCUGGCGCUGGCGAGGGAGUGGCCACUGGCGGUUCAAAAGCUGGAGAGGACGCAGAAGGGGAUCAAGGCGAUGGAGGCGGAUUUGGAGGGCCAGUUGCACAAGGGGCUGGGAUGGUUGCAUUAUCAAACUCUUCUUUCCUAUGCGUCGACUCUGGCCUUCUAUCUUCAUCUCUCGGCGCUACCACCGGCUCAGAGGCCCGACCUCCCCAUCCUACAACGCCUUCUCGAGCUCAAGAAGGGUCUCGCUGAUCUGGAAGAGUUGGACUUUGACGCGGCGUCGGAUGACGAGGAGGACCCGCUCAGCGAGAAUGGAUGGGCGACGGAUGAAGAGGAGGAGGAGCUGCAGGCAUUGCUCAAAAAGAAGGAGCUUAUGGAGGAAUUGAUGGGUGGCGAAGAGGAUGAGGAUUGGCGGGAUGGCGGAUUGGAGGAUGGGGAGUUGGAUGAUCUUAUGGCGGAUGCCGAGCCGGAACCAAAGCCAAAGAAGAAGAAGGCGAAGAAGGCGAAGAAGGCGGAGCCAGUGAUGUCGACCCUGGAGGAACCUGCGUUCUUCAGCUCCAAGGCGGCUCCGGCGGCCGAUGACGAGUACGACCUCGGCGAUCCUACCUCGCUACUCGACGCGGACGCCGAAGACAAGGAUCGGCGGAAGCGGUCGCUCGCAUUUCAUACGUCCAAGAUUGCGUCCACCGCCAAUCGUCGCGCGGCGGCGAGAGAAAAGCGGUCCGGCGGCGACGAGGAUAUUCCCUACCGGGAUCGCCAGGCGGGCAGGGAUGCGGCGCUGCGCAAGCAGUCGCAUGAGGUCGAGUCGGAGCCGCUGAGUCUGCGGGAUAUGACGGAUGGCGAAAAGAAGCGGGCGCGGGAAGUCAGGGAUGAGGAUGGGUACUAUGAUCUGGUCAAGCGGAAGAAGACCGAGGCCAAGGAGGAGCGGGCGGCGAGGCACGAAGCGGGAGAGGCGGAGCGGUUGCAGGGUUUGAGGGAGAUUGACAAGGCGUCGGGCGAGGGGCCGCGGUCGUUGACACGGGCGAUUGAGAAGAACAAGGGGUUGACGCCGAGGCGGAGCAAGGCGGGGAGGAACCCGCGUGUCAAGAAGCGGUUGGCGUAUGAGAAGGCCAAGCAGAAGGUUGGGAGUCAGCGGGCGGUGUACAAGGGUGGUCAGGCGAGUUUGGGGGGAAAGUAUGCGGGAGAAAAGACCGGUAUCAGUACGGUGGUCAAGUCGAGGCAGUUUUAG